AGCCAUUUUUGGUCUGAAAAUUGUUCAAACUUCCAGGAUACUUAUCCCCUAUUUAUUUUUCUUUCAAUAUAGACAUAGAAUGUGUAGUAAUUAGUGGUCAAGAAUCUACGCCCAGAACUAAAUCAAUCUUGGAUGACAUGCUGUCGAUCUGUGAAACCUCCUCUAACUGCCCUUUUGAGAUUAGGACAUAUUUUUGGCAAUAAAAAGCAGUAGUUAUAAACCUAGUUGUUUGCCAAAACAGGGAAAACUCCAAACCAACAUUAAAAACCAUGUCUACGUCUAUCUCACCAGCCAUUUAGAUUGAAACACAUGAUUUUCUAAACCCUUCCCCUCUCUGCACUUUUUCACUUCGGGCCCUUAAAGAAUUUCUGACUGCUAAGAUGAGAGGAAAAUCUUGUUCAUCGGAAUCCCAAAACGGUGCGCCCCAUCUGUCGGGUGCUUACAUUCGCACCCUUGUGAAACAAUUAACCUCGUCAAGAUCAGCCAAAGAUUUGUCGGAUUCCAGUGAAAAUUCGGAGGGGGGAGGGAGGAGUACUUCGGGCCCUGCUGAUGGAGUUUCUGAUAAACAGGGAAAAUUAACCCGUCAGCCCAAGAAACAGGUGAGAAGAAGGGCUCACACCAGCCGGCCUUACCAAGACAGCCUGCUGAAUAUGGCCGAAGCCCGGAGAGAAAUUGUCACCGCGCUUAAACUUCAUAGAGCGGCAAUGAAACAGGCCCGUGAAAAACAGCAGCUGGAACAGGUAAAGGAAUCAGGGCUCGUAGUUCCCCCUGUCGGGCCGGCUUCGUCUCAUCAGUCCAGGAGAAACCCUAGAAUUUAUGCUUCGAAUUCUUCCAGUUCUUCUGAUAAUUUCCCGGUCAAUUAUGCAGGAGACGGUCUCGCAUACCCACCGGGCUUUUAUUCUCCUUAUCCUUGGCCCGUUUCUCCAAUUGCACCACCCCAACUUGUCCAAGAAACCCUCAAUCUUCAACUCCCCAGCCAAACACUAGGCCUGAAUCUUAAUCUUCAGGAUUUUGAAAACUUGGACACCACCGCUUUUCACUGCAGCACCAACCCUUCAUCAAAUUUCUCAUCCUCAUCCCCAUCAACCUCCUCCUCUCCUGCUCUUUCAGCUGCCACCGAGGAAAUUCCACACACCCUGCAGGCCCGAACUUGGAUGGCAGAAAACAGGGAUUCGGGCUUGCAUUUUGGCGAUCAGUGGAAUGACGGUGUGAAUUCAGAAGAGUACUGGUUCAAGUUCUUGAAUUCCAUGGAAAUCGGGCCCGAAGAGCAGAAAGAUGAGGAUCUUGUCAGCUCUCCCUUUGAUGAGGUGAUGGAAUUCCCAGCCUGGCUCAACGCAAACGAGAGUUUCUCACAGCAUGUGAAUGAUUUUUGUUCUGAUGACUCCUUUCAAGAUUUAGCUCUGCCAUGCAUGGACAUCCAGGAAAUUGAAGGCAUGGAUGCAGACUGGUUAGCCUGAGAAAGAUUGAAUCAUUAUUAUUAUUAUUAUUAUUUUCUCUCUUGAAAUUAGAAAAACUUGGUUGAAUGGGUAAACAGGCAACCCAAUAAGCAUUAGAUGAGGAAUUAUUACAUCCUCUUUCCCAAUUUUUUUUUUUUCCAUUUUAUUGAACAUCCAUGUUUUGUCUAGUCACGCCCUCGUUUUAUUAUUAUUAGGGAUAACUGAAUCGAUACUUUUUGAGGUUAAAUCUAAUUAUAUAAAUAUAUUUUAUUUUUUAUAAAGUUAUAAGUAUACUUUAUGAAAGGAGUGGUAGUAUAUACAUUUUAUGGAUGUUUGUGAAAAAUUUUGACACCGAAUAAGAGGUGUAUUGUAAUUAUAAAGGGAAAUAUAUAAUACUUUUAAUAGAAAAUAUCACGUAUUUACAUUUUAGUUACGAAUUCUCAUUUUUUAUCGCAUAAUAUUUACAAAUUUGGACCUUUGAUCCCCUGCAUUUAAUGAUCCCAUGGUCGUAUUCAUUAAAUAUUUAAUGAUUAUGCCAUCGAAAAUAUUUUUCUUUUAAAUUAUAAAAUCAAAGUGAAAAUUCCAUAACCAGUCGGACCAGAAAUAAAAACAUCCAAAAUUAGGAGACUAAUAUGGUCUUUAUAAGUGAAACACAGUAACUCCAUUCCACAAAUAGUUGUUACAUAUUCGCAACAGCCCAUCUCACCACUUAUUAUUACAACAAAACACCAGCAUUCAUCAACACAUUUUCAACCCUCUCCAUGCAACACUCCAAGUACUUUUUCAGGGUUCAUCCAUGCAUUGUUUCACCAUCAUGAUCAUACUCCUCAUCCCAUUCAAUCUCAGCGACAUGAUACACCGCAUCAUCAACAACCAUGCGCAGAUCAUCAAGCUUCCUCAUAAGCAUCGACGCCACGAUCCCAUCAACAUUCCCAAGUGACUUGCCGCACAUAUUCUCCAAUUCAACGCUGCGCCCCAUUGUUUUCUUCAGCGACUCCGCGUCCGACCGGAGGAGUAUCGGCUUCAGAUGCCUCAGCCGGUAGAGCGUCGACUUGACGUCGGUAAGAUCGGAUAUCAGGCGCUCCACGCAGAGCAUGAGUUUGGGGUCUUGCGGAGUGAGGCGAUAGCUCUUCAGCCGCGGAAUGCCGUUGACGAACUUCCUCAUUUCGCUCACCUCGCGGAUGCUUAGAGUGAU